AUGCGCCCAAAUCUCUCACUAGUGGCUAACAUAGAUCUUCAGACCGAUCCUUCCGGGUCCUAUCAGCAAUUUCAAGUCCGACAGUUUGACGACGAGGUCGAUCGGUUACUGCAGGAGGAUCUCUCCGUGUACCGCGACCAAGCAGUUAAGCAGCUGCUUCACGAAGGCGUGAACGUAAGCGCCGCUCUAGAUUCUGAUUGUAGUAGUAGAUUUGAUGAUGAUUUAAGCCGCAGCAGAAGUAUAAUUAAUACCCUGACAGACUCUGCUGCGGAGACCAACGACGGGGCACACGUUUAUUUGGACUUCCUGACUGACGAUCAGGAGCAAGGACUUGAUGAAGCCUAUCAGUACAACAGCGCGGCGGCAGAGGAAAAGCUACUGAGUGCCGGUAUGCCCAAAAACAGGAAUAGAAUAAUAGAUGCUCUGUAUGCAUCAGGUCCUGAUGUUGACCUUGGCAAGACUGAAUCGGACAACUCACUAGGCGCAAUAGAACGCAUAUACAAUUAUGCUCAUGCACUUAAACUAAUUUGUCAGAAGCUCCGAGAUAAGAAUAGAGCGUUAGAGCGUCAACUACACGAUGCGCAUCAGUACAUCACGCAGCUAAAAACAGAAAUAGAGUCUUUCAAGGGGUCUUCUGGCAGCGAAACCACAUUUGCACAUAGCAGCCACCCGGGAGCGCCUCCCGCGCCUCCUGAUGCAUCACAGUUCUAUAGAGAUAGCUAUAAUUCUCUUCUAGAAAAGCAUAAGCAAUUAGCAGCCGAUUUUGAGGCCCUCCGUGCAGUUGCCGAUGUUACGCAAGAAUCUGCAGGCACACCAAGCACUUGCAGAGGCCAAGGAUCCUCUGGCCUUUUAGGUCCACGAAUAUCUAAACCUAGUUCAGUAAUCUCCUCAAUAGACCACCAGCCAAGUCAACUUUUCAGAUCAGAGGCCCCCAAUCUUCCAGAGAGAAUUCCCUCUCACUCAUCAGCAAGCAUCUCUGGGAGCGGAGGGGUGACAGACCUUCUUGCUACUGAAAGAGUGCUCUCCUCAGCGAACUCGCCACUCACCACAUGUUCUCCUGCCGAGGUGGCCAAGUGUGACUACAAGCAAGUCGUAAGAAACGAGAUUGAGAUUGCACGGCUAAAGUUAAAGAUUAAGACACUAACAGAUGAGCAUGACAUCACCCUGGGUGUAUACAAGGACAAGCUUUCCCAGGCAAAUAAGAAGAACCAGACCCUGUCCGAAAAUGUCACAGCCCUGACCGAGACCUGUGCCCAGUAUGAGAAGAGGCUGGGGAACGUCAAGGAAAUAAUGAAAGAAAUGGACAGUGUCAAGUCCAACUUCAAUGAUCUGCUUUCGGACUAUAACCAAAAAUGUACACAAUGUGAUCUGCUGGCAAAGGAGUCUGAAGGCCUUCGUGUUAGCCUCCAACACGCACUCUCUGAGGGUGAGAAGUCCCGCCAGGAAUGCAUUCGGCUAUCUCAGGGAGAGACAGAGCAGAGUCUCGUCAUUGAGGAUAAGGCCAAGCAGGUCAAGGAGUUGGAAGAGCAGCUCCAGCUAGCUCACAAAGAGCUAGACGAGAACGCCUCGAAGAUCGAGCAGUUGAACACCAUGACACUGACGUUGCAGCAGCAAAUACGCGAGCACAGCCAUCAAGCAAAACAAGCGGCAAAUCUUCAUGCCAUAGAAGUGACCAAUCUUCUUAAAUCUAUAGAGCAACUUUCAACUGAUGUAGAACAUAGAAACUUGUUUAUUUACAACAUGCUUAUCCUGAGCACCGAAGCAGUUCACUACACCAAAAAGGUCGUGGCACAGGGGACCAGCAGCAGCUUCUUGCUAGAACCUAUAGAUAUCGGUGUCCUUCUCUCCAAAAGAUUCAAUAUGUCUCCACACGCCUUCAACCCAUCCAUCCUCUUCAACAUUGAAUCAGGAGGCGCCGCUCAGCAGACAUCGCGUGUUAAGCGGCUAAACAACGGGUAUAUGAUACCUCCUAUUUCGGAUGCAAUAUUAAACAUAUUCACAGAAAUGAUAGCCGCCCUGGGAAGCUAUGGUGGCGGAGAAGGUGCAACCAAUCUUAACUCCCGGGCCCAAUCAGAGAUUCAGCGAGUUAGAAAAGACUGUGACGAUAGGCUACGUGUCCUCAUGACCGAGCUGAACGAGGCCAAGCGCUUUGUUGCAGAGUCUGCCGGCAGAGAGCAGGGCCUCAGUGUUGCCCUCGGAAAGGUCAAAGCAAUGUAUAGAUCCGCUAACGAACAGCUUGUUGAGGCCCAGCGAAGAGCAGAAGAAGCGGCAUACAGAGUCGAUGAACUCAAUAAGCUUAGAGCAGCAGAGCAGCAAGCAUUCACUACAAAACUAAAGAAGGUAUUAGAAAAUUGCAGGGAGUAA